AUGGCUGGUCGUGUUAUUCGCAACCAGAGAAAGGGCCGCGGCUCUAUCUUCACUGCCAACACCAGACUCAACAAGGCCCCCGCCCAAUUCCGCACUCUCGACUUCGCUGAGAGACACGGCUAUGUUCGCGGUGUCGUGAAGGAGAUCAUCCACGACCCCGGUCGUGGUGCUCCCCUGGCCAAGGUCGUCUUCCGUGACCCCUACCGCUUCAAGCUCCACACCGAGACCUUCAUCGCCAACGAGGGCAUGUACACCGGCCAGUUCAUCUACGCCGGCAAGAACGCCUCCCUCACCAUCGGCAACGUCCUCCCUCUCGGAUCCUGCCCCGAGGGUACCGUUGUCACCAACGUCGAGGAGAAGAUGGGCGACCGUGGUGCUCUCGGCCGUACCUCUGGUAACUACGUCACCGUCAUUGGCCACAACCCCGACGAGGGCAAGACCCGUGUCAAGCUCCCCUCCGGUGCCAAGAAGGUCGUCAAGUCCAGCGUCCGUGGUAUGAUCGGUAUUGUCGCUGGUGGCGGCAGAACAGACAAGCCUCUGCUUAAGGCUUCGCGCGCUAAGCACAAGUUCGCCGUCAAGCGCAACUCAUGGCCCAAGACUCGUGGUGUUGCCAUGAACCCUGUCGACCAUCCUCACGGUGGUGGUAACCACCAGCAUAUCGGUAAGGCCUCGACCAUCUCCCGCUACGCCGCCCAGGGUCAAAAGGCUGGUCUCAUUGCCGCCCGCAGAACUGGUCUGCUCCGUGGUACACAAAAGACCAAGGAGUAA